GUCUUCGUUUUCUUUUUUAGAAAAAAUAAAUUAUGGCUAGGGUUUCUGAUUAUCUCUUGAACUAGUCCUUGGGGUUCUUCUGUAGUAGUGGAAUUAUUUUGUAUUGGAAUCUUUAAUGUAUGCGGCAGAAAGCUAGGGUUUUUGCGAAAAGUUGGAUUUAUUGACUAUUUAGGGAUUCAACUAUUCUUGUAUUCCGAUUCCUUCAAUAGUUUGGUGUUUGCUGUGCUGUGCUAUUUUGGGAUUUCAGAAAAAAGUAAUCCCUUUAUUGUAAAAAUAGAAUGUUAAUGUCGGACUCCACCAUGCCUACUGAAAAAAAAAUAUAUGUCAAGAAUCAAGAUUGGGUGCACAGACAUCUCCUUCCAUUCGUUCCUUUUGAUACACCAAUAACCUUUGUUAUUGGAUGAAUAUAUGAUAUCUCUUGCCACCGAGGGGUUCAGUUGAAUCCAAUAGUUUUGUCGAAACUCUGUUUUUAUUUCAAGAAAUUUAUUGAAUUUGUGUAAAUUAUUCAUUUAGUCCAAAUAUAAUAAUCCCACAUCUAUAAGCUUCAAAUCCGGAUUCUUCUUGACACCUUUUCUAAGUAUACUCAUUCUCUACAAACCAGAGGUUAUACAAUUAUACGGGCAACUACAGCAGGAAUAUCAAUGUUAACAAAGAACAGUAUCCUUUCUAUUGUGAACCAACUGAAAAUAUGUUCAAGCAGAAAGCAGCUGGAAUCCCUUUACUCUUUGAUGCUAAAGAAUGGUGCAACCAAAGACUGUUUCUUGAUGAACCAGUUCGUUGCUACAUGUUCUGCGCUUAAUAACCCAGAUUUUGCAUCCUUUGCAUUUUCCCAGAUGGAAAAUCCCAAUGUGUUUGUUUACAACGCACUAAUAAGAGCUUUUGUUCAUUGUCACAGUCCACAUAAAGCAUUACUGUUGUAUAUAGACAUGUUAAGAACUCAAAAUAUUCCAAGUAGCUAUACGUUUUCGUCGGUAGUUAAGGGUUGUACAUUGAUGUGUGGUCUAAGAUUAGGGGAAUGUAUACAUGGGCAGAUUUGGGAAUAUGGGUUUGGAAACCAUGUUUUUGUUCAAACUGGUCUAAUUGAUUUUUAUUCUAAUUUGGGUAGAGUUGAUUUAGCGAGAUUAGUGUUUGAUGAAAUGUCUGAAAGAGAUAAUUUUGCUUGGGCUGCAAUGGUUUCAGCCCAUGCCGGCGCUGGUGAUUUGGGUUCCGCUAGAAAAUUGUUUGAUGAGAUGCCUGAAAAAAUUACUGUUGCUUGUAAUGCUAUGAUCAAUGGGUAUGCAAAAACAGGGGAUGUCGAGUCGGCUGAGCUGUUGUUUAAGGAAAUGUCAAGGAAGGAUUUGAUUGCAUGGACGACGAUGAUUAACUGCUACUCUCAGAACAGGAAGUAUGGUCUGGCUAUAGAGGUUUUUUAUGACAUGAAGAGUAACUUGAUCACUCCUGAUGAAGUAACAAUGACCACUGUUAUUUCUGCUUGUGCACAUCUCGGCGUCCUGGAUCAAGGAAAGGAGAUGCAUCUUUAUGUUAUGCAAAAAGGUUUUGAUCUUGGUGUGCAUAUCGGGUCUGCAUUAAUUGACAUGUAUGCAAAAUGUGGGAGUUUGGAGAGAUCACUCUUGGUAUUCUAUAAAUUGAGGGAGAAAAACCUUUUCUGUUGGAAUUCUGUUAUCGAUGGAUUGGCUGUUCAUGGUUAUGCAGAAGAAGCAUUAGCUCUUUUUAGCAGGAUGGAGAAAGAAAAGGUAAAGCCAAAUGGUAUUACUUUCGUCAGUGUUCUUACAGCUUGUACUCAUGCAGGGCUUGUUGAGAAGGGUCGAAAGAAUUUCCUAAGUAUGACUCAAGAUUAUGGCAUCGUUCCUGAAAUGGAGCACUACGGGUGCAUGGUUGAUCUAUUGUGUAAAGCCGGUUUGCUAGAGGAAGCACUCCAGAUUAUAAGAAGCAUGAGAGUGGAGCCAAAUGCUGUUAUUUGGGGUGCUUUACUUGGUGGUUGCAAGCUUCAGAAGAACUUGGAAAUUGCUCAAGUUGCAGUCAAAAAGUUGAGCGUUUUGGAGCCAAACAACAGUGGCUAUUACACCCUCCUAGUGAACAUGUAUGCUAAUGCAAAUAGAUGGAGUGAAGUCACCCGGAUCAGAGCAUUCUUGAGAGAGCUAGGAGUAGGAAAAGAACAACCGGGUUCCAGUUGGAUUGAAUUAGAGAAAAAGAUCCAUCAGUUUGCAGCUUGUGAUAAUUAUCACCAUUCUUCACAGGAGAUCUAUUCCUUACUAGAUGGAUUAGAUGGGCAACUUAAGUUGGCCGGGCAAGUUCAGGAGCUUGAAUUUGUUCUCUAAUGGCAGGACAAAGGCAUCGUUGACAUUAUAGUCUUCAUAGUCAAAUUGGCUAAGUAUUUUGUAUUCUGUUGCAGCGGAUUUAAACCUGGACUGUACAUUCGAAGUGGCAAAGGAAAUGCUAAUUUGUUGCGAGUCCCUAUGCUACGCUAUGAAAAAUCAUGCAGUGCGUUGAGUACUUGAUAGUGUACAGUUUUUAUCUUAAACGAGUAAAUGUAAUUCAACUGAUUAUAGCAGAUUGGUUACAAUUUUUAUCAGUUUAUAAAUAGGCAUUAAUUAUUAUAGAGGUUUUGUGUAAUUAUGGACAUGGCUCCCCUCCAGUAGACUUUGAGACCAGUUUGUCCAGUGCAGUCCUAAUCUUAUUACACCAGUACACUAUUGAUCUAAGGGUCAAGGUCUGCUUAAGAAAUUAGAAAAACACCUCAUAAACCGUGGUUAAACUAACAGUACAGUAUUUAUGAUAGAAACAUCCGAAAGUAUUGCUGUGGGAUUUCUAUUAAAUGACUUUUUCACUGAUGUGUUAUAUUCCAAAAAAAAAGCACUUAAAAGGGAAUGGAGAGAGAGUAGUGUUUAUUGUCGAUAAUAACAUGGAUGUGGAUUUCUCUCAUUAGGAGUAUUUGUUCCAUUCCACACAAAUAUGGGAGUAGAAGAU